GAGUCUUUCUUCGUCAAACAUGCUACCCAGCGAAAAAUGUUGGACUCGUGAAAGCUAUAUUUCCUGUGAAAUAUAACUUGCUGCGACUUUCAGUGCUUGUCAUCCUAAACUUUGAGAGAUGCCGUUUUUCUGACGUUAAAUUACAGUGUUCUCCGAUUUUUGUUAAGGUACUCACGUUUCAAUGGGCGGUGAAUCAACAGCAUGCUAACUAGCUAAAGCUACCUGGACUUUAUAUAGUUUAUUUAUACAGUACCAUGUUGCCCGAAUUAUUGCUAGGCACUGAUGCUGGAGGGUUUCUCAUAAUACGAGAUUCUGCGAGUUAUUCUGGUCGACACCUCCUGAAGAGCUUCAUCAAUGCUGCACUGAACAGGGAGGAAUAUGUCCAUGUCCUUGGCUUUGAGGGCAGUGAGGAAGAGCUGAGAGAUGGAUUAAAAGGAUCACCCACUCAGAGGCUACACUUUCACAAUGCUUUUACAGACCCCCUUGGCUGGACCGAUCACCCAGCUUUCACAGUUUACCAGUUCAAUUUUGAGGAACUUACACAUCUGGUCAAGCAAACAUCACAUCCCAAACCAGCUAUCUUGAUAAUCGACUCUCUUUCGUGGAUUUUGAGGCAUGUUAGUCCUCCUGCUGUUUGUAAGACUCUUCAGCAACUUAAAAAAGGGGGAGCUGUGAGAGCUAUUAUUGGUCUGCUCCAUGCAGAUAUGCAUCAGAGAGGUACUGUGGGAAGUGUAUGCCAUUUGGCUUCUUCAAUCAUCACUGUGGCACCUGGAAUGAAGGGAGAUGAAGCAGUGGCAAAGAUAACAAAGCGCUCAAAAUCUGGGAAGGUUAUACAAGAUGAGGAGAUUUUCAACAUCAAAGAGGAUUUUACAGUCACAGUACAAAGCAAGCUCAGCCAUAUCGGACCCAAACAGCCAGACCCAGAGGAAAAGGAGAUGGACCCAACAGCUAACUUGACCUUCAACCUUCGCUUAUCUGACACAGAGCGUGAAGCCAAGGGGAAACUUGCACUUCCCUUUGUCUUCAGUAAAGAGAAGAAAACAGCUCUGCUCCACUCAGGCCCAGGUUCAGGACGAAUUCUCUAUGAGCCUGAUGCCAACGACGACUAUGACCAGGAGGAUCCAGAUGAUGAUCUCGAUGUGUAGAGUUAGGGGAUGAAACCUAGGCCUAAGCCUGAAGCCCUAGAAGAUUGAAGUUUCAUGUACUCUUUGUCAUUGAAGACACUGGGUUGUUUUCAGCAGUGCAGUUUCACAGCCUUAAAGACCAUCACGUACAGCUUUGAAGAUAUAAUUUAAUACCUAAAAUUCCUGUAUGAAAUUUGUAUUAUGUUUAUAAAAUGUUUUUCCUCCAAUUCUUAUUGA